AUGCAGUGGAGACGGCGGCACUGCUGUCCCAUCAAGAUGACCUGGACGGUCAAGCGUUCGCUAUUCCGAACCCAUGUGGCUGGCCUCCUCUCUCUGGCCCUGCUCUUCACCCUCUUUCUAUUUUUCAGCCACCAGGACUGGCUGCCUGGACGCAGUGGGCCCCGGGAAAACCCACUGGCCUACACCGUCAGGGGCUUCCGUAGCCCCAAGGGAGAAGCGAACCAAAGCAGCUCCCUGAGGAGCCUGUGGAGGGAGGCGGGUUAUGUAGCACCAAAGCCUCUGCUCAACCUCAGCUCUCAGCAGGCAGAGGGGCCAGUGGGAGAGGCUGGAGGAGGAGGAGGGGGAGGAGGAGGUGGAGGUGGAGGGGGUGGACCCAGGAUGGGUGUAAUGGGACUUGGGGACUCCAUGAGCACUAACAACAGUUUACAGAAGGAGAUGGGUGUGGGAGGGAGACUUAGUGCGCAGCCCUACCGCUACAUCCUGAACGAGCCUUUCAAGUGCAGGGACAGUACGCCAUUCCUCAUCCUCCUCAUUGCAGCCGAACCCGGCCAGGCUGAUGCCCGCAAUGCGAUUCGGCAGACAUGGGGGAAUGAGAGUAUAGCAAUGGGCCUAGGGUUCAUUCGUCUGUUCUUGCUCGGCAUGGGAAAGAGCUCGGACACCUUCCUCCAGAGCAGCAUAGAGGAGGAAAGCCGUAUUCACCAUGACAUUAUCCAACAGGAAUAUCAGGACACUUAUUACAAUCUGACAAUUAAAACCCUUAUGGGCAUGAACUGGGUGGCUACCUAUUGCCCACACGUCUCUUAUGUGAUGAAGACAGACAGUGACAUGUUUGUCAAUACUGAGUAUCUCAUCCAGAAGCUGCUGAAGCCUGAGCUGCCUCCCAAGCAGAGGUACUUCACUGGUUACCUGAUGAGAGGCUAUGCACCAAACCGAAAUAAGGACAGCAAGUGGUAUAUGCCGCCGGAGCUGUACCCAAGCGAGCGCUACCCGAUAUUCUGCUCUGGCACAGGAUACGUGUUCUCAGGGGACAUGGCCGAGCAGAUCUACCAGGCCUCUCUCAGCAUACGUAGGCUUCACCUGGAGGAUGUAUACGUGGGGAUAUGCCUGGCCAAGUUGCGCAUUGACCCGGCGCCGCCACCCAAUGAAUUCCUCUUCAACCAUUGGCGGGUGUCUUACUCCAGUUGUAAGUACAGCCACCUGAUCACGUCCCAUCAGUUCCACCCUAAUGAACUCAUCAAGUUUUGGAACCACUUGCAGAGCAACAAGCACAACGCCUGUAUCAACAUGGCCAAGGAAAAGAACGGCAGGGCCAGACACCGAAGGUUUCACGGAGAGAGGCCUCCAUGAUGCAUCCUGUGAUUAUCACCUGUCUCACAAAAAGGGAGAUGGGUGCACUGUAACGGCUGGUGGAGGGCAUGUUGAACUCAGCACUAUAUACUGUAUGGGGAAAAGCACAUUGUUUUGGUAUUGUGUACAGUUGAAGAUCCAAACUAUUUUUUUAAUUUGAGAAAAACAAUGUCAAGUAUUGUAAACCUGUUGAGCUAUUUCUAAAAAGGGACACUGGUGGGCUGGUGGUCUGUGAUAUGGAGCAUGCACAAAAGCUGCUGCAGUGCAAGAGUGGUGAUUGUGAUAAUUCAGGUGCCAACAGAAAGAUGGUAAUUCAUGCUUCAGUUAAUGUGAGGGUUCUCCUCUAAAAGGGUAGUACAGUAUGUCGCACUCUAGAAACCUAAAAAAUAUAAAAAAAUAAAAAAAUUUAAGACACAAAUGUGUUUACACAGACAAAGGGAAAUGUACAUGUAUUAUGUCGAAAGUUACUACACUACCUAAAUAUGAAUGAAAGUAUCUUUGACGUUGACCAGUUAUGCUGCCCUGUUUCUCAGUGUUUACUUUACAGAUUUAUCAAAUAACACAACUCUAAAGAGAAGGUUUAUCUGUCAUAUUCUGUAUUUUAUUUUGAAAAAAAAUGAACAUGAAAGCACUCAGAAUCACGUCAGAGAUGACUGAGAUUGUAUU